AUGAAGGGCAUAUUGCAGGAUCGCCUUGUUCAUCAGUGCUUGGAUAUCAUACUAGAACCAUUGAAGUUGGCUGCUCAACUGGGCAUCAUGAUGUCAGAUCCAAUUGGAUGCAGCCAUUAUUGCUUCACUCCACUUGCUAGUUACAUUGCUGAUACUCUGGAAGUGAUGAUGCUGGCAUGUGUUGGUGGAAAGACAUCUCCAGUGACCAUGGCCAUGUACAAACAGUUUGGAGAUGCCUUUCACCAUGAACCCUGGACAAAAUCAACAACUCUUGCGCAGCUGGAUGUUGUAUGCUCAUGUGCUGAUCCACAUAACCUCGAGGCGUUCUUCCAUGAAGUGCAGAAGUUCUGCCUGAAUGGCGUCAAGAAACCAUUCUGGAGUGACUGGCCACUAGCUGAACCCUCCCAUUUCCUCACACCUGAAUCACUGCACCACAUUCACAAGCAGUUUUAUGACCAUGAUGCCCAAUGGAUUAUCAUUGCUGUGGGAGAGUCUGAGUUAGAUUUUCGGUUCUUGGUUUUACAGCCUACUACUGGUUACUGGCAUUUUCAUGGAGGCAUAUUGAAGCUCAAACAAGUCACUGGUCACUGUCAUUGA